CGCGUCAGUUUAAAAACGUUUUCUGUUAGCAUUUUCGAAGGAAUCAUCAAACUCCAGACAUAACUCAUUUCAAUCAUUCAGUCAGCUAAAUACAUACACAUUCAAUGAUCAAUUCAGAUAAAUCUUAUUCAGAAUAUCAUAAAUGUUUAGGAGUGGAGAAAAGAAAUUCAAAGUAUUCCACAUCAUCAGAUUGGUCGGAUAGUGAAGAAAUGCAUUUAGAUUGGUGUAGGAAACGCAGAGAACAAUACUGUUUAUAUUGUAUACAUAAAAUAUUAAUCUAUUUAGAAAUAUUAACAAUGAGUAUAACAUUUUUCAGUCCGCUUGUAAUGCUUCUCCUACCAUCGGUUUAUUCAUCUAAUUGGCUUUCAUCGCUCUCAUCGACUAUAUCCCCGGCGUCAACAUCAUCAUCAUCAGUAGCAGCAACAGUAGCAACAGCAGAUAAAAAAAUUGUACACAAACGUAAUAAAAUCUUUAAUCGAAACUUUCCACAUUCUCAUCCAAUGAAUCAUCGAAGAAAUGAAGUAUAUUAUGAAGUGAAAAUCAUAGAAAUAUGCAUAAAACUUCUCAUAUUCACAUUAUGCCUAAGUCGUAUAUAUUUAUCACGUUUUAAAAGGAUGUUAUUUUGUUUAAAUAGUAAUAAUAAUAGUAGUAAAAAUAAUUACAUGUCCUACUCAAGACUAACUGGAAACAGAAGAUAUAAACAGACAGGCUUGUCAAAGUCAAUUUCUUCUACAAUUCAAUUUUGUUCAUCUAAAACUGAAAGUAAACAAAGUUUAUCUUUCCGAUUUUUUAUGGAUUCACUAACUGUGAUUGUAACUUUUUCAUUUUGGUUAGUCUAUUUAUCUUAUUGGAAUUUAAAUACUAAUAACAACAGCAAUCAUAAUAAUAGUAAUAAUGAUGCAAGCUCCGAUUAUAAUAAAAAUUCAAAUUACCCUCCAAAAUCAUGUAACGAUUUAAAGAAUACAAUGAAUGCUGUAAAUCCAUUUCGUCAUAUUGAUACUAUUGAAAAAGGUAUAUGUGAUACAUCGAAAACUGUCUACAGUGAACAACAAUUAAUUCAGCUGAGAAGAAUAGCCUUAGAAUUAUCUACAAAUUUUAUUAGUAUACAUUUAUUUAUUCAACUAACUGGUGCACUGUUGAUAAAUUUUAAAAUAAUAUCAAAUUGGAUAUCACGUAAAUAUAUUGUACAUGUAGUACGCGCAUUAGAUGGUGUUUCACAUGAUUAUAAAAUUGGUUCAAAUAAUUUAAAGUCAAUUGCUAUUUACAUUAUACAGAAUUCAUUGAUUGAUUUUCAGCCUUACGACCCAAUAAUUGUUCGUCAAAAACGCCAUUCAAAGUAUAAUCAGUUCACCACUCUGUCAGACAGCAAACGACAUUAUGCCAGUAGAAGGCUACACCAUAUUUCUGAUGACAACUCCAAAGAAAUGACAGUACUAAAGCACAAAGCAAUGAAUUCAUUAAAAAGCAGUAAUAAUAAUGAAUGUUAUCCUGAGCAGAUAGUCAGAACAUCACGUGACCAUCCAUUAAGUUGUUGUCCAAGCAACAGCAGUGUAACUGUUGCAUCGACUGAGAAUUCUAAACACCAAACAGAUUGUACAGAUAGUCAACCAGUAGUAGCUGUAGACAAUGAAGAUGACAAUGAUGAAGGUACAGCAAAGAGGAUGAAGAAUCAGCGGAAAUCACUGGAAACGUUUGAUUUUCUUAAAAUGCCUGAUAUCUAUGAACAGAAUGUAAAUGCUGCAAGAAGAUUGAAAAGUGAAGUAAGCUAUGCAAAGUACAAAAGAAAAUGCCAGCUGAGAUUACUUAUAUUAAUGAACAGUUUAUUUAGUGGGGCAUAUGGUAAAGCAGAUUUUAUACAAAAUGCUACUGAAUCUUCAUCAGAUAAUCAAUUACACAAAUCAAGUGAAUACAUAUUUCAAAAAUUAUUCGGUCCACUGAGUAAAUAUCUACGUCUUACUAAACAGCAUACAUAUCAUAAUAGAAAUAUGAUAUUAAAUCGACUUAAAAUCUAUUUACAGUAUAAUAUGUCAGCUGAAGCAUUUCUCAAUAUCUACUUCAACCCGCCGAAUGAAUUCAUCUCACUACACUAUUGUCAUCUCUCUUCGAGCAUUACUCAUAAGCCUUGCAGUCAAACUAACAAGCAUAAAAUUGCUACAAAUAACAUUCACUUAUGGAAAUGUUGGAGAAGAAAAUCACAAGCCCCUGGUGAGAAUACUUUGAAACACAAUACAUUGAACAAAGCUUCGCCUAGCAAAUCUAAUAUUAAUUCAGAUUCAGAUAGACAAAUAUUUCAAACCUGGAAGCUACGACUAUGUGAUCCAUUGAGAAAUGCUUCAGUAUAUGAUGGUUUCCGCUUUGAAUUAAUACGUUCAAAUGUCAAGUUAUUUUGUUGUGUUAAACAAUGCACUUUAUUUGAAUUGAUUCAAGCUAGUUUACCAUCGGCAUCAUCAUGGUGGUCAUUUGGUUUCCAAUAUGAAUAUAAUCAUAAUAAUCAUAUCCUACUGCCGUCGUCUACGGUUGAGACGUGUAUUGGUAGUUCAGAGAAUACCGCUGAAAUCAAACUAUAAGACGACAAAAGAGAAAGAAAUGUCUGUUUGUGUGGAUGUAUGUGUGGUUUAUGAACAGCAUUUUUACUUGUUAAAAAAAAAUAUUUUUACUUCUCUCUUAUACUAUAUGACUAUUCUGUUUUGCAUUUCUAUACUAAGA